AUGGCAGGCCAAGCACCAGCUCCUGCGCUAUACAAGAACAUCAUCAUUUCAGGUGGUGCACGAGGCAUCGGCCGAGCAUUGACUCGGAUGAUGCUCGAAGCUGGCCACCACGCCUACAUUUUCGAUAUCGAUGAAGAAGAGCUGGAGCACACCACCAAGGUCCACCUCAAGCAGUACUACGCCGAUGGUAGGCUUGGUUCGGCACUCUGCGAUCUUCGCGACGUCGAGGACAUCCGUGCCAAAGUCAAAGAGGCAGCCAAGUUCUUCAACGACCGCAUUGAUGUGUUGAUCAAUAACGGCGGAAUCGCGUCUCCGCAGUGGAAGGAUGGCAAGACCAUGGAGGACCUCUCGACCAUUGAUGAGUGGAAAGCCUACAUCGACACCAAUCUCACUGGUCCCUUCGCUAUGUCACAAGCUUGUAUCCCCUACAUGAAAGCCCGAGCAUCUGAUGUUGAACACGGCGCACACAUCCAGAACGCCAACAACUCCAGUCCUGCAGGCCCAUGCAUCAUUCACAUCGGCUCCUUCCGUGCGCAUCAGUCUGAUCCGAACCAGGAGGGCUAUGCUUCAAGCAAGUCAGGUCAGCUUGGUUUGAUGCACUCCAUGGCAAUCAGCCUGGGUAGCCUGGGCAUUCGAGUCAACCUUAUCGCUCCCGGGCGCAUCAAGGUCGCACACGAGAGCAAAGAGGGCGACGAGAACGGGGCAGACUGGGCAGGCCAGAUUAGUGAGAAGGACGUCUCUGACCAUCCGACCAACAGAGCUGGAAGGCCGAAGGAUAUUGCUGAUGCCGCGUUGUACCUCAUCGAGGCAGGCUUCGUGACUGGUCAGGACAUUACUGUUGAUGGUGGAGCGCUCCGGAAGAAGAAUGCCUAG